GCACCCGAUCAUCCUAUGAUUGCACCCACACCUGAACCUCAUCCCCUGGACUCUGUUUAUACCAUCGCUGCGUCCCAAAUCGCAUACUCAAUGAGUAGGUACUCAAUUUCAGUAGUGGCUCCAUCGACGCCCAUCUGCAAGAUUGUUGGAGUAGCAGAAUACGGUCAGAACAUCAAUCUCACGUGUUUCUCUGAAAAGGGCACGCCCAAACCCAUCUACAAAUGGCAGAGCCAUGAUGUCAACAACCUCCCUCGAGCAAACCCACCCAAGACCACUGACCAGAACGGGAUUUUAUCACUCUACAACAUUUCUAAAGACACGUCUGGUUUCUACAUCUGCACGUCGACCAAUGAAAUCAGAUCAGCAAAGUGUAACCUCACCCUGGCCGUCAUGCAACCAUCCAUGAAUAUGGCCUCCACGUUUGGGAUACUCGGCGCCGUUGCAGCUGCCGUCAUCAUCUUGGGAGUCAUCAUCUUUUUCUGCUGCUGUCGGAAAAAGAACAAACCUGAAGAAUACGCCAUGGGGUAUGUGGAUUAACAUGCUGCGUCCUAGCUAGUUAUUUGUUCCCAAAACAUUCUUUUCUAAGGUUAGUUUUUGGCUAGUCAGGAUAGUUAGGAUUAAAUUGAGUUUAGCUGGAACCUGACGGAAUCAUUGCCAAAAAAAAACAUUAAGCUCAUGAGAAAAAUGGACAAAGAGAAGUUUUCAAGAACCUUUUAUGCGCACACACCACACGCACACACACACACACCUACACACACACACACACACACAAACGCAAAAGCAGGGCUCUGUGUAAUACUAUAGACACCUUUACUGUUAGUAAACAUUGCGGCACGUUUUUGUGGGCGGAGCUUAGCUGGAGGCAGAAAGAUCCCUCUGACCGCAUUACUUAUGCUAGGUAGCACGUUUUGUUUGCUUGCUUUUUGACAAUGACUAGAAAAAAAUCAGAUUCAAUUUUAACAUGUAAGGUCACUCACCAUCUAGGACCGAGAUUCCAGAAAGCUGGUUAUGUGACAUACCCGGGUAAAUUUAAGGGUUAGCUGAUAACCUCCACUUUCGGUUCCAAAAACGGAGAUAACUUUCAGGGUAUGUAAGUAACCAUAGCAACUCACUCUCUGAAGAUAACCUGCUCCUGCUCAGGUUAUGUUCCAGGCUUAGUUCAUUUUAAGGAAAUGUUACUAAGAUAUUUGUUAGAACGUUAGCAAUUUUCAGUUCUGGGACAUCAUCCACUACCAUAGUAGGGAAAAAAAAGAUUGUAUAUAUUUUUUUCUGUUGAACACAAACAGUUCUAGGGCACCUUUGACUACCAUUUAAUUCUUCCUACUAUGGCAGUCAAUGAUGUCC